AUGGACACGAGGGAUGAUGAUGAGCCACCACCAGACCCGGCGGCCAGAAAAUCUCUCCAUCAUGACUACACUGAACAGGACUUUGAAGGUCACCGGGCGCACACGGUGUUUGUGGGUGUGCACGUGCCGACUAGACGUCACUCACACAGAAAACAUAAACAUCAUCAUCGCACUGAAAAGGACCCUGAAAAGCCAAGCUCCGCAAUAAUGGCCCGGGUUAGAAGACUGAGCGUAACAGAUGACGGCGAAACAUUGACACCACCUGCGCAAAGAGUCCAAUUCAUACUUGGAGAAGAUGUCGACGAUUCUACGAUGGUGUCUCAUCCCUUAUUCUCAGAAAUGGAAGAGCUCGUUAAAGACGGCGACGAGCUUGAAUGGAAAGAAACAGCUCGUUGGAUCAAAUUUGAAGAAGACGUUGAAGAAGGAGGGAAUAGGUGGUCUAAGCCCCACGUUGCCACUCUGUCUCUACAUUCACUUUUCGAACUCCGAAGUUUAAUACUCAACGGAUCCGUAAUACUGGAUAUGGAAGCAAAUUCUCUGGAACAAGUUGCUGAAAAUGUACUGGAUAAUAUGGUGAUGGAUGGCUUUUUAGGUUACGAUAAUAGAGACAAGGUGAAAGACGCUCUAUUACGACGACAUAGGCACCAGCACGAGAAACGAAACCAUAACAACAUGUCUAGGCUUCCUCUAAUACGAUCAUUGGCAGACAUCGGAAGGAAUCAUUCAUCCUGCAAAAAUUUGCAGGAUAAAGAUCCUCAGAGCACCAGCUCCAAAAGCUGUCGAGGCCCAACGACAAAACCUCACACAGCUCUUCUUCAUGCAAGUGAUACACGAGGAUCUUACCUAGCUGUUCCAGUGGAAGAGAGCAGUACAAGCAGUGGACAAUCUCAAAAAGGAGAUAUUGGUCGUUUCCUAGGCAUACCACUCGCGGGUGCACCUCAUGACGAAGGUAUGAUUAAAAGCCCAAGUAGUGGAUCAAUGCAACAUGGCCACGAUAUCACAUUGAACGGAGAUGUGAACCAUAAAAGUAACACGCAUUUUAUGCGAAAAAUCCCACCAGGAGCUGAAGCUUCAAACAUUCUCGUGGGUGAAGUUGAUUUUCUUGACAAAACGUUAUCUGCUUUUGUCAGACUCAAAACUGGUACCAUCAUGGGCGAUUUAACCGAAGUAGCGGUGCCAACACGAUUCAUGUUUGUUUUACUUGGCCCACCUAAUAGUAACUCUAGCUUUCAUGAAAUCGGAAGAGCAAUGGCUACACUAAUGUCAGAUGAAAUAUUCCACGAAGUCGCAUAUCGCGCAAAGAAACGCGAUCAUCUACUUGCGGGAAUAGACGAAUUCCUAGAUGCAGUGACAGUCCUUCCACCGGGUGAAUGGGAUCCCGCUAUAAGAAUAGAACCUCCUGCGGCAAUUCCAUCUCAAGAUCUACGAAAACGUCCAAAUGAUAAUAGCAUAAAAGAAGAACCCGAUGAAGAAGAGGAAGAGCAAAGACAACGUGAAGAAUCUGGUUUAGCUAGAAGUGGUAAAUUAUUUGGCGGUUUGAUAAAUGACCUGAAAAGAAAAAUGCCUUGGUAUUGGUCAGAUUUUAAAGACGCAUUGGCCUUACAAUGCAUUGCAUCGUGGAUAUUUUUGUAUUUUGCAUGUUUGUCGCCAAUUAUUACAUUUGGAGGGUUACUAGGCGAAGCGACUGGUAAAAAUAUGGCUGCAAUGGAAUCUCUAGUGAGUGGCUUCGUCUGUGGUAUGGGUUAUGGCUUCUUUUCAGGACAACCAUUGACGAUAUUAGGCUCUACUGGUCCUGUAUUAGUAUUUGAAACUAUUGUUUUUGAAUUUUGUAAACAAGUAGGAUGGAACUACAUGUCUUUUAGAUUUUGUAUCGGAACUUGGACCUCUAUCAUACUAGUAAUACUAGUAGCCAUUGAUGCUAGUGCUCUAGUAUGUUAUAUAACAAGAUUCACUGAAGAAAAUUUCGCCACAUUAAUAGCAUUCAUUUUUAUAUACAAGGCCGUCGAAAACGUUAUUUCGAUAGGGAAAAAAUAUCCGCUAAAGACACGCCCUGAUGAGAUACUCAAUUAUGAAUGCUACUGUUUGCCAAGUAAUUACUCAAAGGUUCCCGAGCAAUUUAAUUGGACAUCCAUCGACAAAGAGUCGUGUAAAUUUUAUAAUGGGACGCUGGCUGGCGGUGGAUGCGAUACAAAAGUUUACGUGCCAGAUGUAUUUUUAAUGUCCAUCAUAUUAUUCCUCGGAACAUUUGCAAUUUCAAUUAUUCUAAAGGAUUUUAAGAAUUCUCUAUUUUUUCCUUCGAAGGUCCGUCAAAUAAUAAGCGAUUUUUCUGUAAUAAUAGCGAUUUUAUCUAUGUCGUUCUUGGAUUAUAAAGUCGGAGUCAAGACACCAAAAUUGGAAGUUCCUUCGGAGUUUAAGCCAACCUUGCCAAGUAGGAAUUGGGUGAUCACUCCUUUUAAUGGCAAUCCCAUAUGGUCAGCGCUCGUUGCCAUUUUACCAGCAUUACUGGGAACCAUAUUGAUAUUCAUGGAUCAACAGAUAACUGCAGUUAUUGUGAACCGUAAAGAGAAUAAAUUGAAGAAAGGAUGUGGAUAUCAUCUUGAUCUCUUUGUUCUGGCAAUUUUAAUCCAGAUAUGUUCAAUAAUGGGUUUGCCUUGGUUUGUAGCUGCAACUGUACUCAGUAUAAACCACGUUAAUUCCUUGAAAGUUGAAUCGGAAUGUGCAGCUCCUGGAGAAAAACCACAAUUCCUAGGAGUAAGGGAACAAAGAGCUACUCAUAUAAUGAUCUUUAUAACAAUAGGAUGUUCCGUUUUACUUACACCAGUUUUGAGACACAUUCCAAUGCCAGUAUUGUUUGGAGUAUUCCUGUAUAUGGGUGUCGCCUCCCUUAAAGGUCUUCAAUUUUUCGAUAGGAUUUUGAUCAUGUUCAUGCCACAAAAAUACCAACCGGAUCACAUGUUCCUUCGGCAGGUGCCAAUUCGAAGAGUUCACGUGUUUACAGCUUUACAAUUGACAUGUCUGAUUUGCCUGUGGUUGGUUAAAUCGUUUUCUUCGACCUCAAUACUAUUCCCUCUCAUGUUGGUUGUCAUGAUUGGUAUUAGAAAAGCGCUGGACCUAUUUUUCACUAGACGUGAAUUAAAGAUCCUCGAUGAUGUCAUGCCCGAAAUUACAAAGAGAAGCCAAGACGAACUUCGUGAACUCGGAGACGGAGAGGAUACAACAAAAAGCAAUCCACCCGAAUUUCAAGAAAAUCUACAAAUACCUUUAAUAAAUGGAAAUAUUAUGAAUAUACCUUUGGCUUCGAUUAACAUAUCGGAAGAGAUGAACAAAACAGGAAUUUGGAAGCAAGUAAAUAAUAGUAAUACGACAAAAGCACGAGAUGAUCCCAGAGAGUUUAAAACUAAAUCAGGAAAGAAAACGAACAAACACAAAAAAAUAAUGUCAAAAAGUUUUCAAACAGAGGUGGAGAGACGUCUGUCCACGAUGGAUGAGAUCGAGGAAGAUGAUUCAAUGAAGAGCGAGCUACUAAAGCGAAGAGAUUCUUGGAGCAUUAAGAAAAAUGAGUGCAAGAAAAAUGGAAUUUCGACGGAAACAUCGGUCUAA